AUGAAAUAUUUAUUCAUUUCAUUCGACACCAAUGCUGAAGUCUUUCUUUCUUUCUUUCUUUUCUUUCUUUCUUUCUUUUUUUCUUUAUUUGUUCCUUUCUUUCUUUCUUUCUUUCUUUCUUUCUUUCUUCCUGCCUUUCUUUCUCAGUUCAAAUCUAUCUCAAUCUCACAAUUUCAACUUUCUUUAUUAUUCAAUAUGUUCACUGUUCACAGCGCCGUUGUCAUUUUCUUCUUUUUCUAUUCUUGUGCUUAUCCCUUUAACUUUCAUACUAAUUUAUUUGAUUCUUUUCAUUCUCGCCACAUAUAUUCAUUUUUUGAUUUUUUCUGUUCUUAUUUUGGUAUUAUUCUACCAACACAUUUUUCCUUUCUUCUCGUCGUUUCAAUCUUUGUAUUACAUUUUUCCCUCACCUUCUUCUCUUUCUGUUUUUCUUCGUUCCAUCUCACAUGCCGUUUCUUCUUCUUCUUCUUCUUCUUCUUCUUCUUCUUCUUCUUCUUCUUCUUCUUCAUCUUCUUCUUCUUCUUCUUCUUCUUCUUCUGUAUUCUCUUUAAGUUUUGUCUUUUCUUCAUUUUCUUGGCUUUAAACUUCUUCCUUUUUCUCUUCUAA